AUGAAAACUUUGCUCGUCCCAAUCCUCACGCUUUUAUUUGUCGUUGAGGAAGUAUGCACUCGACACGAAGAACGAUAUGAUCUGAGAAAACUACCGCCGGAUUUGAGGCCUAUUAUGGAGUUCAUCGGGCUUUGGCAGCUGGAGGCGAAAUCCGGUCCAACUCGUGAAUACAGUCCUCCUGAUCUGAUUGAUAUUGCUAUCAAUCCAAUACCAAAAUUUGGUGCUCGUGCUGCUAACAUUACGCACACCUAUUUUGAUUCUCAGAAGAACAUUAUAAGAUCGGAUUAUGGUUUCAUGCCAGUAAAAAAUGCAACAAAACGAGAUCCUCGCAUACACAUCGCAUAUUUAACCACUAGUAGUGAAGGUUACUCGAUGAUGGAACAAGGAACAGUGGUAGGCCGUAAAAUCACAUUUCAUUUGAAGCAAUUUUUGCGCCGAACGUUUUCAGUUGGAAGCAAUGGUAUCGAGUUAGAUAUUCGAGAGUUCGAGCGACGAUUUGAGAUUCUGGACUUCCAUCACAUGAUAAUGAAGAUCCGUGCCGAAACAGCUAGAGGAACAGAAAGCUUCUCGGCCACAUAUCGGAAAAUUAUGCCUUAA